GCUUUGGCGCCGUCUGGGGAGCACGAGCCCGUGGGUGGCGCGCAGCGCAUGGUGGCGGCUCCUCUCGGAGCGCAGCCGACCCGCUGACCCGGACUCCGUUUCCCCUGACCAGCGCGUCCCGGAGGCCGGCUGGAGGCCGAAACAGCAGCAGCAUUAGCAGCAGCAGCGGUCGCGGCUGCUCCGCCGCAGCCGUCUCCGCGGGAGCAUGGAGUGCGCCCUGGACGCCCAGAGCCUGAUCAGCAUCUCCCUGCGCAAGAUCCACAGCUCCCGGACCCAGCGCGGCGGCAUCAAGCUGCACAAGAACCUCCUGGUGUCCUACGUGCUCCGCAACGCGCGCCAGCUCUACCUGAGCGAGCGCUACGCCGAGCUCUACCGGCGCCAGCAGCAGCAGCAACAGCAGCAGCCGCCCCACCACCAGCACCAGCACCUCGCGUACGCGGCGCCGGGCAUGCCGGCCAGCGCGGCCGACUUCGGCCCGCUCCAACUUGGCGGCGGCGGGGACGCGGAGGCGCGCGAACCUGUCGCCCGGCACCAGCUGCACCAGCUCCACCAGCUCCACCAGCUGCACCUCCAGCAGCAGCUGCACCAGCACCAGCACCCUGCGCCCAGGGGCUGCGCGGCGGCGGCGGCCGGGGCGCCCGCGGGCGGCGCGGGGGCGCUCUCGGAGCUGCCCGGGUGCGCCGCGCUCCAGCCGCCGCACGGCGCGCCCCACCGCGGGCAGCCCUUGGAGCCGCUGCAGCCGGGUCCUGCGCCGCUGCCGCCGCCCGCGCCCGCCGCCCUCUGCCAGCGGGACCCUCGCGCCUCGGCCGCCUGUUCCGCGCCCUCCGCGCCCCCAGGGGCCGCCCCUCAGGCGACUACCGCCGCCUCCCCGCCCGCCUCCCCGGCCCCCGCCUCCUCCCCCGGCUUCUACCGGGGCGCGUACCCGGCCCCCUCGGACUUCGGCGUGCACUGCAGCAGCCAGACCACCGUGCUGGACCUGGACACUCACGUGGUGACCACGGUGGAGAACGGCUACUUGCACCAGGACUGCUGCGCCUCCGCCCACUGCCCCUGCUGUGGCCAGGGCGCCCCGGGACCCGGCCUGGCGUCCGCCGCCGGCUGCAAGCGCAAGUAUUACCCAGGCCAGGAGGAGGAGGACAACGACGACGAGGACGCGGGCGACCUGGGGGCCGAGCCCCCCGGGGGCGUCCCGUUCGCCCCCUGCAAGCGCGCCCGCUUCGAGGACUUCUGCCCGGACUCGUCCCCGGACGCGUCCAACAUCUCAAACUUGAUCUCCAUCUUUGGCUCGGGCUUCUCCGGGCUAGUGAGCCGACAGCCGGACUCCUCUGAGCAGCCGCCGCCGCUCAACGGGCAGCUGUGCGCCAAGCAGGCGCUCGCCAGCCUCGGCGCCUGGACUCGAGCCAUUGUCGCCUUCUAGGGACCCCCGAGGGCACGGGGACCCGGGGCCCCGCGGGGCUGGGGCCAGACAAAGACUCGGCCAAGGGGCGAGAGGAGGGAACGAACGGGCACCCGGCCACUCGGGGCUGAGCUGGGGGCGAGCAGAGGGAGAUGGCUGAUGUUUUAUAAAUUGUAAAAUAAAAGAAAAAGAAAUCUAA